AUGGGUGGUACUAGUUUGGCUACAUCCAGCCGGAUAGUAAAGAGAGUGUCUCAAGCAAUUGUUUCCCUACGUCGAGAAUUCAUUAUAUUUCCUGAUACAAACAGAGACCAAGACAGAGUUAAGAUAGACUUCUAUGAUAUAGCUAGAUUCCCUAAUGUACUAGGCUGUAUUGAUUGCACACAUGUAAAAAUUCAGUCACCAGGUGGAGAUGAUGCUGAACUAUUUAGAAACAGGAAAGGCUACAUGUCCAUAAAUGUCCAAACAAUUGCAUCAGCAAAGUUGUUGACAAGCAAGACUCCAGAUUUCUUGGUUAAAUAUCUUCACUCCCUCGGUGGUAUUUCCACAACGAAUAUUUAA